AUGUUCUACCCCGGCCAGGGUCCUGAGGUGCAUGCCCUUGUGAGUGCUCCCCAGGGCCAAAUGGAUCCCGAGACCAUAUGGCUGUUCAAUGCUGUCAUCGACCCUGUUGGCAAGGGUUGCACCCAAUUCUUCAACCCGCAGGCGGUUUGUGCGAGCGUCGACGACGAUACCUGCAGGGAUCUUGCGAUCCGCAACCCGAAGAUCCAUCCCGACGACCCAAUGCCCCAGGAGGCACAGGUUACCCAAGAAAUAUUGCUCGUCCCAUCGUUCACAGAGGAUAUGUUCUACGAUGCUUGCGCCUCCGAGGUUGCCUUGUUGGGCAUCGACGCGGGGCCAAUUAAUGGUGGAAACCUCUCAGGCAUGUGCAACCACCAAGUGGCUCUCAUAGCUUGCGACCAUGACGCAGACAAUGACACAAUCUGGACCUGGGGCGAGAGGAAGUACCUGACGAGUGCAGACAUCUUCGAGCCUCGCUAUUCACUUCAGGAUACCGCCCAGAAGCUGGGGCUGUCCGAGGAAGACCCGGCGAACUACACGAGCAACGCCAGCGUGUUAUGUAAUAGUAUCUUUUAUUCAAUAAUCACUAUCGUUUAA